GUCGCAGAGAAGCAGCCAGCCAACGACGGCACACAGCGCAUGUCCGCAGCGGGGCCGUCACGUUGCACAGCUUGGUCCAAUCAACAAAAACUUUCCUAACAGAGAUUUGUAAGAUGGCGACCGCCGAACCGGAACCCAACCCAAGUCCAUCCCAGCCUGAAGAUGAAGGAGCUGAGGAGACUGGACAGGAAAUUGUGAGCCCAGAAGCCUACAUCAAACACCCCCUCCAAAACAGAUGGAGUCUGUGGUUCUUUAAGAACGACAAGAGCAAAACAUGGCAGGCCAACCUGCAACACAUCUCUAAAUUUGACACAGUUGAAGAUUUCUGGGCUCUUUACAAUCAUAUCCAGUUGUCAAGCAACCUCAUGUCAGGCUGUGAUUACUCCCUUUUUAAGGAUGGCAUUGAACCCAUGUGGGAGGAUGAGAGGAACAAGCAUGGUGGGCGCUGGCUGAUCACACUCAACAAGCAGCAGAGGAGAUUAGACCUGGACCACUACUGGCUGGAGACUCUCCUGUGCUUAGUCGGAGAGGCCUUUGACGACUACAGUGAUGACGUCUGUGGAGCCGUGGUCAACAUCCGCACAAAAGGAGAUAAGAUAGCCGUCUGGACAUCAGACUAUGAGAACCGGGAUGCUGUGACACACAUAGGGAGAGUUUACAAAGAGCGUUUGGGGCUUCCCAUGAAGAUGACUAUUGGCUACCAAUCUCACGCCGACACGGCCACCAAAAGCGGUUCAACCACCAAGAACAAAUUUGUUGUUUGAGAAAUGCCCCACGUGCCUCUUUCAUUCUCUUGUCUUAUUUGCUGUUGGUGCAUAUGUUUACUCUACUGCAAAGACUCUGCGGAAUGCAAUCUGGAAGACAAACUGAGUCCAGGACUACAUGCCAAAUGUUUCCAUAACCUGCCCAGGACUUAAACCACAAGAAAAAAAAUAACAUGGAAAACAGAUGAACAUGAAUCUUCCUAAACACUAACAAUAAGAGGUAUUAGUUGUGGAGGUGAUUUAGAGUGCUGCAUACUCUACAAAAGAAAUUUGUGUUGAUUUUAUUUUUAUUUUUUUUUCCAUUCAGGGAAUCUUGAAAUGCAAAAUUGUAUAUUUCUCUCCCAUUUUCUACAGCUUAGUUGAUUUGCUGUAAUCCUUAAUGACAUUAAACCCUUUUAAUUUAUUAUUAAUUUGCUUGCAUUUUAUUAGAUUAGACCUUUGUUUUAUGCUUUGAAAUGUUGCACGUUACCAACCUUUUUAAAGUAUUUCAUGACUCAUAUUCGUUUGAGUGUUAAUAUAAUUAAAACAUUGGUUUUGCAAUUAUUAGUUGUUAAAUUGUGUAAUUCUUUUUGGCAACCUGUAAUUGGUACAUUCCUUGUCCUAAAUGAUUGGCUUUUUUUGACUUGCAGUGUUACUGUAUUAUAGGAUCUUGACUUGGCUCAUUGCUGAGGCUGUUUAGUGUUUGUGGUUUAUAUCCCCUGUAUAUGAAAGGAGAAUACUACAGAAGAUAUGAUCAGUCACAGAGAGACAUGCCCUAGCUGGUACAAAAGUGUCAAAUUUAAACAACCCAACCCAGCCCCACCCCA